AUGUUGCGAAGUAACAGGAGGAGAAAUCUGCACAGCACUUGGCACGUUCCCCAAGCCCAGAGUGAACAAAUGUCCAACAGCAGCUCCAUCACUGAGUUCCUCCUCCUGGCAUUUGGAGACACACGGGAGCUGCAGCUCUUGCACUUCUGGCUCUUCCUGGGCAUCUACCUGGCUGCCCUCCUGGGAAACGGCCUCAUCAUCACUGCCAUAGCCUGUGACCACCACCUCCACACCCCCAUGUACUUCUUCCUCCUCAACCUCUCCCUCCUCGACCUGGGAUCCAUCUCCACCACUCUCCCCAAAGCCAUGGCCAAUUCCCUCUGGGACACCAGGGCCAUUUCCUUCUCAGGAUGUGCUGCACAGCUCUUUCUGUUUCUUUUUUUCACUUCAGCAGAGUAUUUUCUCCUCACCGUCAUGGCCUAUGACCGCUACGUUGCCAUCUGCAAACCCCUGCACUACGGGACCCUCCUGGGCAGCAGAGCUUGUGCCCACAUGGCAGCAGCUGCCUGGGGCAGUGGGUUUCUCACUGCUCUGCUGCACACGGCCAAUACAUUUUCCCUACCCCUCUGCCAUGGCAAUGCUGUGGACCAGUUCUUCUGUGAAAUCCCCCAGAUCCUCAAGCUCUCCUGCUCAGAUGCCUACCUCAGGGAAGUUGGCCUUCUUGUGGUUAGUGCCUGUUUAGCAUUUGGGUGUUUUGUUUUCAUUGUGGUGUCCUAUGUUCAGAUCUUCAGGGCUGUGCUGAGGAUCCCCUCUGAGCAGGGACGGCACAAAGCCUUUUCCACGUGCCUCCCUCACCUGGCCGUGGUCUCCCUGUUUAUCAGCACUGGACCUUUUGCCCACCUGAAGCCCCUGUCUCCCCCCUCCAUCUCCUCCCCAUCUCUGGACCUGGUGGUGGCUAUUCUGUACUCAGUGGUGCCUCCAGCCAUGAACCCCCUCAUCUACAGCAUGAGGAACCAUGAGAUCAAGGAUGCCCUCAGGAAACUAAUGACUGGAUGCUUUCCAGAAACAAUAAACUGCCUGUUUUCUUCUUCAGAAUAUUCAUAA